AGGAAAAAAGAAACAACCAAAACAAAAGGAAAAAGAGAAGAGAAUGGAAAAAUCAUCAAUAGGUUCUAGUUCUACAACUUCUCGAAAUGACAUGAUGGGCUUUUUGAGCAAAUUUGGAGAUUUGGCAAAAACACUUGCCUCGAAUGUUAAAGAGAUGUAUGGCAUGUUAGAACAAGCAAAAGAUCUUUUUGUUGAGGAAGAAACAACAGGAAAAAUGCAACAUCUCAUAGACAACAUAUGGUGCAAGUACACAACAAAGACAUUCGUGAACCAAGAAGAAAAGAAAAUCCCUUCUAUACUCAGCCAAGAUCAACAUGUCUUCGAUGAACCGACAUUUAUUGAAGAAUUGGAUAUGGUUAUGGAUAAGGCAUGGAAGAAAUUCGAGGAAACAAGGUCACCAAAGUCACCGACAGUUGCAGAUUUGAGAUCAAAGGAAGAGGAAAAAGAUAAGAACAAAGAAGAGAGAAAUGAAGAGAAUAAAGACAAAAACUUGUUGAUUCCCUCACCAGCAGUUGGUAAUUUCACAUUAUUUUCAAAUUCAUUUUUUAUGUACUAAUAUUUACUAGAUAUGUUCUAAUAUUACUUCUUAUGCUCUAAAUUUUUUCUGGUUAUGCUUUAAAGUUAAUUCUUAAUUUUCUAACUAUUUCUAGGUUGUCUCCUAAUUGUAUAUAUUUCUUAUGUUCUAAAGUUACUUUUUAUUUUCUAAUUAUUUUUUGCUAUUUGCUAUAAUACUUAAUUUUUAUGGUGUAAUUGCUAUGAAGAUUUGGGAUCAAAAGAAGAAGAAAAAGAGCAGGACAGAAAAGAGAGAAACGAGGAGGAAAAAAUUGAGAAGAAAGAGAAAAGGAAAGAGGAGUCACCAAAAACCCCAAUUCCUCCAAAAAAGAAGCAACCUUUUGAUAUAACUCCUCCAAGU